AUGGCUAGUCAAGCUAAAAAUACAUUUGAAAUACCGAAAUGGGCUGGAAAACCUAUACCUGGUUUACAUUUAGAUGUCGUCAAAGAUGGAAAAUUAGUACAAAAAUUAAUGAUUGAUGAAAAAAAAUGUUACUUUUUUGGACGAAAUAAAGAAUUAUGUGAUUUUACAAUCGAUCAUGCAUCAUGUUCACGUGUUCAUGCUGCACUUCUCUGGCAUAAAGAUCUUAAUCGACCAUUUUUAAUUGAUCUUGGUUCAACUCAUGGAACUUUUAUAGGACAUAUUCAACUUGAAAAUCAUAAAGCACAACAAGUACAUAUUGAUAGUGAAAUACAUUUCGGUGAAUCAAGUCGUAUUUAUAUUAUUCGUGAACGUCCACAAUCACAUGGAAAUAAACUUCAUCAUAUGUUUGGUAAUAAUGCCAAUGCACUAAAUUCAAAUAAUGAUGCUAAUGGAGAUCAUAAUGAUGAAAAUAAAGAUGCAAAUAGUUCAUUUUCAAUGCCAGAAUCAGAAAUCGAACUUGAAAAUUUAACAGAAUUUAAUACAGCCCAUAAUCGACGUAUUGCACAAAUUGUUCAAAUAAGUGAUUUACCUGCUGCACCAACUGUUAAAAGAAAACGAAGAAAUGUUACAUUUAAUGAAGAAGAUGAUGUCAUCAAUCCAGAGGAUAUUGAUCCAAAUGUAGGUCGAUUUCGUAAUCUUGUUCAGACAACAGUUAUUGUACCAAAGAAACGUAAACUUGAACAUCCAGGUGUUAGUCAUCUUGGUCUUGAUACAACUCAAAAACAUGCACAAGCAUUCCAUUAUUCACAACUUUAUGAUGCAAAUCAUCCAAUUCAUUCUGAUACAUCAACUGAAGUACCAAAUUCAUUACAAGCACAACAUUUAAGUGUUGCAGCUAAACUUGGAAUUUCAUUACCAAAUUUAGCACCUGAUUUACAUGAUUAUGAUGUAAUGGAGCCUACAUUUGCAAUGCUUCCUAAGAUAACAUCAAGUUCAUUACAAGCAUCAAUGAACGAAACAAAUAAUGGAAGUUUAGAACCAAAGAAAAAGAAAUAUGCGAAAGAAGCUUGGCCUGGAAAACGACCAUCGGGUUCAAUGUUACUUGUUAAAUAA